CUCAAGAUUCGUUUGUCUCCUUUAGAUUCAGAAGAGAGGAAAAAGAAGAAAAUAAUAUAAGUCGACUCUCUAUCCUAACGAUCUCACUAAAUAUUAACGUACUAGUCUUUUCCAAGAAUGGUAACUUACAAUUUGGGGUCGUCUUUCACUCAGUUAUUAGGAUGCGAAAAUAGUAAGCUAAUGACCCUCCACUCUCCAGAAGAAGAAUACUCAAAAAAGAAUGAACCCCAAUUAUUAUUUGUCGAGGGUUUUGUUGCGGAAAUUAAUUUUAUUUUGAUCUUUUCUGUAACGUUCACAACUUAACCCUUAAUUAUUCACCUAUUGGAAUUGUCAGGUGACAACAAUUAGGAUAUCUUGCUAAAAGUGUAAUAAUAGGGUUCAAUAGAUUAUUAUCAAAAUUUGUGAAUGUUUUGUUACCAUGACGACAAAAAUAAACAAACUGUUUUGAUGGGUUCAGAACAUUAUCACAGUUCAGAGAGAAGAGCUCCUCUGGAGGAGUCACAAAGAACAUCAUAUUCUCUGCUCAAGAACUAUCACUGUAAAAUAUCAUAUAGGCUUAUUUCAAAAGACAAAAAACUAAAAAAUCCACACAUUUGUUAGUUUCUAUAGAAAAUUUUUAAUAUAGAUUAGUAUUGAAAGAAAUGAUAGGUGACUUGGAGAAGAGAGAUGCCAUUAAAUUCGAAACUUACUCAACAGCACCAAAAGUGUCCAAACUGUGCAACAUUCUGAACCGUGAUGAGGGAAAAGUUAACAUUCUGAGGCACCUCAUAGAGCUGAUCAUCAUUCUCAUGAUAAGCAAUCUCUCCAUCGGAAUAUUCCGCUUCUGGAAUAACACCAUAAGAAAGAUUCUGGCCAUCAAAGAAAUAAACGUUGCAUUUUUCGCACUAUGCGUGCAAAUGACCACCACCGAGGUCCUACCGUUAUGCUCUCUGGUGGAGAGUUAUUGCACUAAUAAGAUAACUUUCUACCACAAUGAAAACUCCCAAAAACAGCAGCAGAUACGAAAGGAACGGAUUGGAAAGUUGAAACGUCUGGAAGAUUUCAACAUAAAAUUUUUCAUGGUUCUCAUGGGGUUUUCAGUGUUCAUGCCUUGGCUACAAUCAGUUUACGUUAUUUUAAUUCAUAACAACUACGAUGACAUACAAGAAAUACCGUUUGUACUGUUUUCCUACUACCCAGAGAAAUAUAAGUCAGUCACUCUUCAUGCUAUUGUACAGACGGGAUACGGGGUAUUUCUCAUUAUAAAUGAGUUGCAAAUGUAUUGUAUUUUCACUGCAAUGUAUAUGGCAUCUCAAACACUCACAGAUGAGUUUGAUUUGCUGGUGACCUGUUUGGAGGAAAUUGAUGAUAACAUAAGAGACUAUGAUCUAGUGGUAAAGAAUGUCAAGGAUAAUGUGAAUGUGGUCAAGUAUCAUCGAUCAAGUUAUGAGAACAAACUGCAAACGUUUCUGUCAAAACUUGUUGAUCAUCAUUCAUCUUUAUACAGUAAUGUUGAGGUGAUGAACAGAAGGAUCAGCUCUCUAUGCUUUGCUACAAUCAAUGCAUUCACUUUUCAACUUUUCACUUGUGUUAUGUGUGCUAUUGAGAUAGAGAAUUUCGCUACUCGGAUAAAAUAUGUAUUCUUCAUUAUUUUCAUCGCAUUUCUGAUGAUAUUGUGCGCGUCUAUAGGACAGAAUAUCUCUGACAAGGGAGAAGAAGUACGCAAUGCAUUAUGCAAUUGCUCGUGGGUUGAUAAACCGGAAUGGUUCAAGAAAUCCAUUCUGAUAAUGCUGAUCAGAUCAUCGAAGCCUCUGGUUAUCAUGCCAUUUGGACUCUACGUCCUGGAUUUGAAAAGAUUUGCUGUUAUACUGAAUGGAAUAUACUCAUACUUCAACGUGAUUUACUGAAUAUUUUGUACAGAAUAAUUGUAAAAAACACAAAAAGUACGAGUAGUGGCUAAAAGCAUUGUCCAAUUUGAAUUCUAGUCAUCAUCCUAGCAAAUUAAGUGCACUUACAGUAAUGAAACUACUACUUGACAAAAUAAAACUACAUAAUAUGUAAUAUUAAUUCUAUUACAAUAAUAAUAAUUUUAGAGAUCCUCGACAUGAAUGAUCAAUUGUCUUAUGUUGAGAACACAGAGAUUGAUGAGGAUAAUAAAGUAGCUGCACAUUCGAAUGUUUGGUCAUGAUUCAAUUCUGGUCCAUUUCAAUAUAUUAUAAAUCCAAGUUGUCUUUUUCUCUUUAGGGCUUCUCGAAUAUGAAUGAAAAGGGUACUCAGAUUUCUAUUCUUUAUUUAUGAAUUCAAGUCUCUGAAAUAAUUUGGAUUAGCCAUUUAGUUUCAAAUACAAAAUCUUUUACCGGUUUACCACAAUUUUGAUUAAGAUUAAAGGUUAGCAAUAAGUUAUUUUCAUACAACGUUAGUAGACGUCUACUAACUUUGAUUUUCAUAAACGAGGAAUCAAAUUUUGAAGCUAUCAGCAGAUUUUAUAAUUAUUUUGACACACUUUUCUGUGAUUUAAUAUUCAAACAUUAUGAAGCACUAGAGGAUUAUCAACCAACUUCAUUAAAUUCUACUAAGAUAAAUUCAUGCUUCAGUAUGAGUAAAAUACUGAGCUCAGUUUUAAACAAAGCAGAAAUUAAUAUAUUUUUCAAUUUUCAAUAUUUGUCUGCACAGAAAUCGGCAUUCAACAAUAAUAUUCUCUAUAUUCUUCUCAUACUUUUGGAGAUGGUACUCUGGGAGGCUAGUACUGAAAUAUGCAUGUUUUUUGUGUGAAUUGAUGUGAAUGUAACAAACUUCUGGUAUAAUUUAUAAUGUGUUAAUGAUGAACGUGAAUAAGAAACAAGUACACAUAAACAGAAAAACAUUGAAAAAGUAAGAAUACGAACAUAAAAUACAAGAGGUGAAGAGAAA